GGUGGAGGACACUUCCGCUUCCUGGCCGGACUCCUAUGGCGGAGGACACUUCCGCUUCUUAGCCGGACUGAUGUCGGAAGAAGAAGGAAGAGCUCUGGUGUCUCAUUUCUGUCUUAAUGUUUACCUUUUCAGAGAGAUAGAACAAUCAUCAUUUAUACAGACUGCCAGACACAAUCACCCAAGACCUGCUCAGUUGGGACACAACUUUCCAUAAAGACUCUCCAAGCACAUGUCCAGAAGUAAAGAUAAGUCAAGAAAGUGUCUUCAUUGAGAGGCUACAGACCAAACCCCAGACAUCAGCAAGCGUGGACCUCAAGUAUGGAGCAGGAUGAGCCCCAGCCCCUCUAUAUUAAAGAAGAAGAGGAGGAUACCCCACAAAUCAAAGAGGAAGAGGAGGAGCCGCAGUACCGCCACAUUAAAUGGGAAGAGGAGGGGCCAAAGCAGCCCCACAUUAAAGAGGAAGAUGAGGAGCCACACUCCACCAACAUUAAAGUGGAAGAGGAGGAGCCACAGCCCCCUGCAUUAAAGAGAAUGAAGAGUCAUAGCUUUGUUCACAUUAAAGAGGAAGAGGAGGAACGCAACAUCAGUCAGGAGGGAGAUCAUAUUGACGGGCGGGUGGAGUUCCCAGUGACUGGUGUGCCUGUGAAGAGUGAAGACGAUGAGGUCAAAGGUGAGAAUGAGGAGAAGAGAGAGGCUGGUGGAAACCACUGUGGAGGAUCACAAGCAGACAAGAUCUUAGCUCCACUGUCAGAUAGUGACGACACAACGCCGCACUCUUCUGAUUCUGAAGACUCUCAAGCUGAUAAGACAUGUCACACUGACAACACCCGCUUGAAAUGUUCCCAUUGCGACAAAACCUAUAUUUACCAUAGUCAUCUGAAAAGACACAUGAGGAGACACACUGGAGAAAAACCUUUUUCCUGUCCCACCUGUGCCAAAAGUUUCAAUCAAAAACACAAUUUGAAAACACACAUGCGGACACACGCUGCAGAAAACCCUUUUUCGUGCUCAGAAUGCAGUAAGGUUUUUGCACACAAUUGUAUGCUGAAGGUACACAUGAGAAUGCACACCGGAGAAAAACCCUAUUCCUGUUCAAUCUGCGGUAACGAUUUUGCUCGCAGGCAAUAUUUGACAGUGCACAUGAGAAAACACACUGGAGAAAAACCCUACUCCUGCUCAGUAUGCGGUAAAUGUUUUUCCCGAAAUAACGAUUUGAAAAUACACGUGAGAAUGCACACGGGAGAAAAACCUAUUACUUGUCCCGUAUGUGAUAAAAGUUUUACACGAAAUAACUAUUUAAAAGUACACAUGUUAACACACACGGGAGAAAAACCGUGUUCUUGUUCAAUAUGUGGUAAAGGUUUACCACGGACUUGCGAUUUAAAAAGACACAUGCAAAUGCACACCGGAGAAAAACCUUUUUCCUGUUCUAUCUGCAGUCAAGCUUUUUCCAGAACUAGUGAUGUGAAAAUACACAUGAGAAUACACACUGGUGAAAAGGCCUUUUCUUGUUCAAUCUGUGGUAAAAAGUUUACACGAAUCCGCGGUUUGAAAAUACACAUGAUAACACAUUCUAGUGAAAAACCAUAUCAGUGUAUAAACUGCAACAAAAGCUUUUGCCAACAAAGAACCCUUGUAUUACACAUGAGAAUACACACAGGAGAGAAAGUGUUGAGUUGCAGUGUGUGUGGUGAACGGUUCUCUUAUAAGUACCAGUGUGAGAAACACAAGUGUGCUGCUGAGAACAGCAGCAGCAAAUGAAGCUGCAGGAUUUGAAAUAAUCUGUUAAAACUAUAACAUCAGCACAUAUAACGUGUGUGACAUCAUUGUUGUGUGUAACACAAUCUUGCUAAUAUGAGUCGAACAUUUGUAGAUUAGAAAUUUUAGAUUGGUGCUUUUUUUACUCAAGUACUUGUAUUAAUAUACAACAGUGUGUACUUGUAUUUAAAAAUGAACAGAAAAUGUUGAUUGAAUAAGCAGUUUAUGUCUAUACCGUAUUUUCCGCACCAUAA